GCGGUAAAGUUGAUCUACAACAUUGUUCACGUCAGUUUUCCUGAUUAUACACAAUAUGUCUCAGUAUUUCUUCAGACUUUUUUCUCUUUCUGCACUUGCACAGCUUCUGAGUCUCUCAGGUACACUUGCUGAAUGUCCUCUUCAGAUCAGCCCACAGAGUGUUGUUGUGAAGUACGGCGAUUCUGUUUCAGUAAACUGCAGCACUUCUGUCACACAUCAGGGGAUGGGAUGGGAAUCCACUAUGGGAGCAGUGUCCCUGUCCAUAGCCAGUCUGAUCACAUUGAGAGUGUCAGAGCUGACAGACUGGGACAUAUAUACACCAUUCUGCUACAUAAACUAUGACAGACAACAGUGUACAGUAGAUCUCCCAGUCACUGUUUACAAGACUCCAGACAGUGUUUCCAUCAGCACUGUGAAUCAAGCAAUGACGGAGGGAAACCAGUAUGAGCUCCAGUGUGACGUUCACAAUGUGGCUCCUGCUCAGAAUCUCACUAUCAACUGGUACAAAGGAGAAACUCUGGUGGAUCAAACCAACUUCACUGACACCACCAAGAGUCCAGUCAGUAAAACAUCUAAUCUUGCGGUUCGUCCAGACAGAGCUGAUGAUGGAGCUCAAUACAGGUGUGAAGCAGAGCUGAACUUGGGAGAUGAAGGACCUCAACCUCAUCCUACAGUCACAUCAGAGCCUUUCAGCAUUACUGUAAAAUAUGGUGACUGUCCUAUUUAUCUAAACCCACGGAGAGCUGUUGUGAAGUACGGCAGUAGUGUUUCAGCUAACUGCAAAGCAUUUGUGCCACAUAAUGGGAUGGGAUGGGAAUCCUCUGUGGGAGCAGUGCCCAUGUCCACAGCUAGUCUGAUCACAUGGAGAGUGUCAGAGCUGACAGACUGGGACAUAUAUACACCAUUCUGCUACAUAAACUAUGACAGACAACAGUGUACAGUAGAUCUCCCAGUCACUGUUUACAAGACUCCAGACAGUGUUUCCAUCAGCACUGGGAAUCAAGCAAUGACGGAGGGAAACCAGUAUGAGCUCCAGUGUGACGUUCACAAUGUGGCUCCUGCUCAGAGUCUCACUGUCAACUGGUACAAAGGAGAAACUCUGGUGGAUCAAACCAACUUCACUGACACCACCAAGAGUCCAGUCAGUAAAACAUCUAAUCUUGCGAUCCGUCCAGACAGAGCUGAUGAUGGAGCUCAGUUCAGGUGUGAAGCAGAGCUGAACCUGGGAGAAAUAGGACCUCAACCUCCUCCUACAGUCACAUCAAAGCCUUUCAGCAUUGAAGUUCACUAUAAACCAAAACACUCCAGUUCAACAGAGAUCAUCAGUCAGAGCAAUGAUGUGUCUCUAAACUGUACAGUGAAGGCAAACCCGGCUGCUGUGUACACAUGGCACUCAGAGCAUCUGACAGAGAAGAUCAGCUCCUCAGUGAUCCAGUCCCCCAUACUCAAUCCAGGAAAAUACACCUGCACUGCCACAAACUAUCUGGGAGAAGACAGCAAAGAGUUUAUCGUCUGAUCUGCAUGUGUGUUAUAAGUGAGAUGGUAUUACUCUCAAUACAAUAAUAAAAGAAUUGACUGCA